AUGUCGCGUCCCCGGUUCUUCACUGCUCCUCGGAAGGGAGAGAAUUUUGAGCUCAGGGCGGAUCUCAACUCGGAGUAUCGAGACAGGAGGAAGGAUGCGAUCAAAAGAGUCAUUGCGAACAUGACGGUGGGCAAAGAUGUGUCGGGACUGUUCCCUGAUGUGCUGAAGAACAUGCAGACGGAAGAUUUGGAACAGAAGAAGCUGGUCUAUCUAUACCUGAUGAACUACGCAAAGACGCAACCGGAGCUGGUCAUUCUGGCUGUCAAUACUUUUGUCAAAGUGAGCUGCUGCGUCACGUCUGCCGGAGCGUGUAACAGGGCAAUUCUCACCGGAGCAGUGCGCUCUGCCUAACGCCUCUCAUGUAGGACUCAGACGAUCCAAAUCCUCUUGUGCGGGCGCUGGCAAUCCGGACAAUGUCGUGCUUGCGAGCCGAGAAGAUCAUCGACUACCUCUCUGAUCCCCUGUCAAAGGCUCUGAGGGACGAUAACCCCUACGUUCGGAAAACCGCUGCUAUCUGUGUCGCCAAGCUGUACGAGAUGAAGCCAGAGAUGGCAAUCGAGGAUGGGUUUGUUGGGCUGUUGAGGGAUUUGGUUGGAGACGCGAAUCCAAUGGUGAGCCGCAGCGCCUGAGUCGAGGAUGCGCGAUUCCGCUCGAGCACGAGAGAGACGCCUGAGUAUGGCUAGCUGAGGCUAAUCGACUUCAAUGCCUUGGCUGCAGGUCGUUGCCAAUGCCGUGACAGCAUUGACAGACAUUCACCAAACAGCGCUAGAGGCUGAUCCAUCCGGCCAGACAGCGCUAUUCGUCAUCGACAACAGCAUCCUCGCGAGACUUCUUAUUGCCCUUAAUGAAUGCACUGAAUGGGGACGAAUCGCCAUCCUCUCCAGCCUUGCAAGGUACAAGCCUGCCCCGGGAGAAGACGGAGACAGGGAUGCAGAGCACAUUUGUGAACGCGUCGUGCCGCAAUUCCAACAUGCUAAUGGCAGUGUCGUGCUAAGCGCUGUGAAGGUUAUCAUGAUUCACAUGGAUCGGGUGCAGAAGCCAGAAUUCGUCAAGCAGCUAGUUAGGAAGAUGGCCCCUCCUCUAGGUGUGUACAACGUACAGAUAGUAAUCGUAGGCUAGAUUGCUGAAAUUGACCAGAUUUCGCGCCUACGACCUUCAUUAGUCACACUGGUUUCAUCAGCACCGGAAGUCCAGUGGGUGGCAUUGCGGAAUAUCAACCUAAUCCUACAGAAGCGACCAGACGUCUUGUCGACAGAACUGAGAAUAUUCUUCUGCAAGUACAACGAUCCAUCCUACGUCAAGCUAGAGAAGCUAGAGAUCAUGAUCAAACUGGCAAAUGAACGAAAUGUAGACAUGCUGCUAAGCGAACUGAAGGAGUAAGUCGAGAAAAUGGCAUUGACCCCAUCCUCACUGCCGAUUGCUGACAUGCUGGACUCCAAGGUACGCCUCCGAGGUAGAUGUUGACUUUGUCCGUCGCUCAAUAAGGGCGAUCGGGCAGUGUGCGAUCAAGAUCGACGAUGCUGCAGAAAGAUGCGUGCACGUGUUGCUAGACCUGAUAGCUACGCGUGUCAGCUAUGUCGUACAAGAAGCUGUUGUGGUGAUCAAGGUGCGUCGGGAGCCGCUCGGAGCGUUGACGCCGCCUUUGCCAAAUCGCUAGCUGAUCCGGUCUCCAUCUCGUUCUCUACAGGACAUUUUCCGAAAGUACCCCUCAAAUUACGAAGGCAUCAUCCCGACGCUGUGCUCGAACCUCGAAGAUUUGGAUGAGCCUGAAGCAAAAGCCUCGCUCAUUUGGAUCCUCGGAGAUUACGCCGAGAAGAUCGAAAAUUCCGACGAGCUCUUGGCAAGCUUCUUGGACAACUUUGUCGACGAGCAAUCACAAGUGCAAUUCUCGAUCCUGACUGCUGUGGUGAAGCUCUUCCUCAAGAGACCUGACGGCAGCCAGGGCUUGGUACAAAGGACUCUGGAACUGGCGACCAAGAGCGCCGAUAAUCCAGACCUCAGAGACAGAGCCUUCAUCUACUGGAGGCUGCUGAGUAGCUCAGACACCGGCGCUGGAAAAGUGAGCAUACUUCAGCUCUUUCUGAAGAGCUUUUGUCGCAAGGCGAGCUAACUCGUCAUUGCGCACCGCAGUCCAUCGUCCUCGCAGAUCGACCGGCAAUAUCGAUCCCACUCACUACAAUUUCGCCAGCUUUGCUUGAAGAGCUCAUCGCCGACUUGUCAUCACUUGCUAGCGCCUACCACAAACCUGAGUCUACAUUCAUCGGGAGGGGCAGACUUGGAGCGGAUGCAAUCGCGAAGAAGUGAGUGCUCACGCCACGUUUGACUGAGUCCUGAGCCGCAUCACACUGACGCUCAUUACACUCCACGUUUCCUAGGCGAGAAGAGGUCACCCGAGAGAAGGCGCUGGCCACCGUCGUGCAAGGCCAAGGAGCGGAGAAUUUGCUGGACUUUGAUGCAGACGAAGACCCUGCUGCCGCAGCUCCUGCUCCCACAGGAGGCCUCGGAGGCCUGGACGAUCUGAUGAUGUCGGAUGAUACCGCAUCAGCUGCGACCACCUCCUCGGCGGCUACCAGCAAUGCGGCCUCGGCGCAACAACAGCAAGCAUCGCUGAACGACCUCCUAGGCCUGUUUGAUGCUGCGCCGCCAACUUCUGGAACAGGCAGCACCUCGGCACUGGACUUCCUCAACAGCAUGCCUAGCGCACCCACUACGGCGCCUGUAAGAAAUCAAGCACCGGCGCAGCAGCAGGGAGGCGAUCUGUUGGAUCUCAUCUGA